AUGGUUGAAGUGUUCAUCGAUUUCACGUUUUUCUCCUGCCCGUCAUUGUUUUAUCAACUAGUCACAAUAAGCGCCGUCAAAGAGGGUUUGAGCUUCAAUAUCGCCUACUUUCUUCUACCUGGGAAGUCUCGAAAAGUAUAUGUGUCGGCCUUCACGAACUUCAAGACGGCGUUGGACGCUCUUCGUGCACCUCUGUCACUCAGCGUUGUCCGUACGGACUUUGAACUGGCCCUUAUCCAGGCUUUUCUUUUCGUUUUUCCUGGAAUCCUGCACCAGGGUUGCCAUUUUAACUUCGCUCAAGCAAUCUGGAGGAAGGUUCAAGAACUCGGACUUGCCAAGGCUUACCAGGAAGAUUCUUCGGUAACGAUGUCUGUACGCCAGACAAUCAAUUUGGCCUUUGUCCCGCCAGCGUUCGUACGUAUUGCUUGGCGGGGUUUGAAGGCAACUGCACCACCAGCCCUUGGAGUCCCACAAUUUAUCCUGUACUUCGAGGAUACUUGGCUCUUAGGAAACUACGACACCCAGCAGUGGAACCACCACCAAAACAGCGGAGCCCGGACAAACAACCUAGAGGAGGCCUGGCACCGAAAAAUUAACAACGCCAUCGGGAAAGCGCACCCCAAUGUCUACACUUUCGUGGAGCACAUCAAGCGGGACGAGGCCACUAGCAGAGUCACCCUCCUCCAGGUAUCCAACGGCGGCCAAGCCCGAAAGCGACAAAAGAAGUGGGAGAUGAAGGACGAAGCCAUCAGGAAGCUCGAGCAGCGUCUGUCCAAUGGAGAGCUCAACAUUCAAGAGUUCCUGAGGCUGGUGCAGCGAUAUUGCGGUAUCUAAGUAGUGGACAUUGCUUCAACAAAACUGUAUACAUUAACAUGUUAAUAAAU